GCGGCUAGUGAGUAUUCCAGAGUUUUUGGCGAUAAUCCCGAGCUAGGGUUUCGUUUCUGAGCUAUAUUUUUAGUGAUAGGGUUGUUGGAACUUUAUAUCAAAGCUUAAAGCGUUUUUGUUUGGUUGGUGAUUUCGUUUUGUGAGCAGGUCAGAAGAUAUGAAAGAGAAAAAGAAUGCAGACGAUAGAAUCAUCAACAACAAUAUAUUGAUGAUAUCUGAUGUUGAUGCGAGGGAUGACGAUUUCCAUGCCGAUGAUGUGUUGCACGAGGAUUUUGAGAAGCAGAAAGAAGGCAGCAGAUUGAAUAUAAGUCGAGAGAUUCAGGGAAGUGAAAGAAAAUCCAAGGAAGCAAGUUGUGUUUCACCUACAAGUUCGUUACCUCCUGCUCCCCCAGUACUAGGCCUUGGGAUUGGUGCUCCUCUUUUGAAACCCACUCCACGACGUGUUCCUCGCCGUAUCAAUGGCAACGUGUCUCAGCAUGCAGAGGACCCUACCACUACCACCGAUGAGACCAGUGAGAAGCUACAACUGAUUAGGGUCAAGUUUCUGAGGCUUUCACACAGAUUAGGGCAAACUCCACGUAACGUUGUUGUUGCUCAGUGUUUGUAUUGGCUUGGAUUGCCUGAGCUGUCUAGGGGAAUAAGCAGUCGUGUUGGUGCCUUAAUUAGUAUUAAUCGUGCCAUUUACAUGGCGGAACAGCUUGAGGCAGCUGGCGGACAGGAUCCGCUUGAUUUUUCUUGUACGAUUAUGUUGCUCGGUAAAACCGGUGUUGGCAAGAGUGCUACGAUUAAUUCUAUUUUCGAUGAUGAUCAUCAAGUGAAGAAGAUGUGUACCACCGAUGCAUUCCAGAUGGGGACGAAGAGGGUUCAGCUUGUUGAGGGUUUUGUUCAGGGAAUCAAAGUCCGGGUGAUCGACACUCCAGGCCUCUCACCAUCAUGGUUUGAUCAACACAAGAACGUGAAAACCCUCAAGUCUAUUAGGGCUUUCAUCAAAAAAAGCCCACCGGAUGUUGUAUUAUAUCUCGAUAGGUUGGAUACGCAAACGCAAAGCAUAGAUGACGACAUGCUUCUUUUGCGCACCAUUACCCAUGUUCUUGGACCGUCGAUAUGGUCUAACGCCAUCGUGGGUUUGACUCACGCCGCUUCCGCUCCACCAGAUGGCGCUGCCUCUAGCUACGACAUGUUUGUAACACGACGUUGUCAUGCCAUUCAGCUGGACAUUCGCCAAGCAGCUGGAGAUGUGCGGCUCGUGAACCCUCAUGUGUCUUUAGUUGAGAACCACCCUGCUUGCAGAACGAACCGGGCGGGUCAGAAAGUGUUACCGAAUGGCCAAGCGUGGAAGCCUCAUUUGCUGUUACUCUCGUUUGCAUCCAAGAUUCUAGCAGAAGCAAAUGCUCUUCUGAAAUUACUAGAUGGUGGUAAUAAUAAUAGUCCAGCCGGAAGACCAUUAGCUCGAUCCAAGGCUCAACCACUGUCAUUUUUUCUCUCAUCUCUUCUGGAAUCGAGACCGCCUCAAUUGCCGUCUGAUGACGAAGACCAUGAAUCAUAUCAGCUUCCUCCUCCUUUUAAGCGAUUGACUGAAGCUGAGAUUUCUAGGCUUAGUAAAUCUCAGAAGAAGCAAUAUCGUGUUGAGUUUGAGCACCAGGCGGACCUAGAGAUGGAAGCGGAAAAGGAGAGACGACGACCUCGUAUUAUUCUUCCACCUAUCAGGCUAGUACCUAUACCGAUAUGGUAUGACACUAACAAUCAUCCUGUUCGUUCCUAUCCACCUAUUGAAAUCUCCAACCCGUGCCUAAUCGUUGGGCCAGUCCUGGUAACUCCGGGGUGGGAUCAUGAUAUUGGCUAUAAUGGUCUAACUACUGAAGGGGGUUGGGCUAAUGUUAAAAAAAAUAUAUAUAUGUCUUACGAGGGCCAAAUGACAGAGAACCUCAAGAAAGGUGCAAACGUGCAGCUGGCAAUGGCCAGCUUGGUUGUACAUGGAGAGGAGGGUAAUAGAUCAACCGCCCUAGGUUUUGAGAUGCAAAAAAAUACUGGGGAUGAAUUGUCUUGCACUCUUCAAAGUCAUACCGAUUUUAGGAAACACAAAGCUGCGGCUGGUCUCGCUGUGACGCUCUUGGGUGAUUCGGUGUCUGCGGGGGUGAAAGCAGAACGUAAGUUGAUUGCUAAUAAAAUGUUCGGAAUGGAUGUGUAUGGUGGUGGGGCAAUGACUAGUCGAGGUGAUGCUGCUUAUGGGGGUAGUUUAGAAGCUCAGUGGCUUGGUAGGUUUUUUUCUACACUGGGACUUUUUGUGGUGGCUGGGCAUGGGGGUCUUGCUAUCGGAGGGAAAAUACAGACCCAAGUGCCCAUAGGACGUUCAUCUGGUCUAACUGCUUGUGCUAAUCUGAACAGCAGAGGGGCAGCGCAAGUAAGCAUCCGGGCAAACAUCUUUGAACAGCUCGAACAUGCUAUGGCUAUACUUGUUCCUCUGUUUAAGAAGCUACUUAGUUAUUAUUCUCCUUGUUCAUCUGGUCUAACUGCUUGUGCUAAUCUGAAUAGCAGAGGGGCAGCGCAAGUAAGCAUCCGGUCAAACAUCUUUGAACAGCUCGAACAUGCUAUGGCCGCAUUUGUUCCUCUGUUUAAGAAGCUACUUAGUUAUUAUUCUCCUUGUUCAUCUGGUCUAACUGCUUGUGCUAAUCUGAACAGCAGAGGGGCAAACAUCCCGACAAACAUCUUUGAACAGCUCGAACAUGCUAUGCCCGCACUUGUUCCUCUGCUUAAGAAGCUACUUAGAGCAGGGUUAUUGAAGUUACUUAUGAAGAGUAUUUAAUGUUUUUAAGAUCAAAAAUAAAAAGAAUUAGCUAUUUAUUGAAAAACCGUUUAGUGAAAGGUGAGAGGUUUUUUCUCUCUAGGUGACCCCCCUGUGGGCUUAAGAAUUUGCACUCUUCCGCACUUUUCCGUGUUCCUUUUAUAUAAUUAAUGACUGAUUUGUUAAGGAUUUUGCUGUAUGUAGUUGAUAAUAUCCAUUGGGUUUGUCAAUGAUGCUCUUUAUGAUUUAGUCACCACUGUUAAGCUGAUGAAUUCUCUCAAAAGAUACGUUGAGUGUUAUAAAAUCCAUAUGAAUUUAGCCGCCAGAGUGGCAUAAUACAUAUUCUUCUUGAGCCCAUAAAAUGGAUCUCACUCAUUCACCGAAGCCAGAAGUGUGACAAAGUUAUCAGACCACCAGAAAAUGUAGUCUUGUGUAGCACAAACUUAUAUACCAUGCAAGCAAAUCAAAGAUAUCUCCGGAUGCAUAUAAUACUGGCAUUAUCAUCAACAAUGAACUUGAAGGUAGUUGAGUUUCUACGAUUUAACCACAAAAUUAAACAAGUUUAAGAACUAGCGAAUAUCUAAGUGCGAAACGAAUGUGAAUAUUAUUGUGACGGAUU